GCGCUCCCUGGAGCCCAGAGCUCCUGCUGCUUCACUGAGCUGUGACGUGGACAGGGGGAGGGGUGGUCCGCCGUGCGCUUAAAUACGCGCCUCCACUCCACGGAGCUCAGACAGAAACAGCACAGCAGACAGCUCAAACAGCAUCCUCACUGAACCAAAAGGCUUCUCAACCGCCUUUUAUUUUUACGCACACGGACACUCCACGAACUCUGGUUUAACCAUGAUUAAGAAAAUGUCGCCCUCCGAGAGCGAUUAUGACAUCCCUGCAAAGAACUGCUACAGGAUGGUGAUUUUGGGAUCCACCAAAGUUGGGAAAACGGCCAUCGUGUCCCGGUUCCUGAACGGGAAGUUCGAUGAGCAGUACACGCCGACCAUAGAGGACUUUCACAGGAAACUGUACAGCAUCAAGGGGGACGUUUACCAGCUGGACAUACUGGAUACAUCAGGGAAUCACCCAUUCCCUGCAAUGAGGAGACUCUCCAUACUGACAGGUGAUGUGUUCAUCCUCGUCUUCAGUCUGGACAACCGAGACUCCUUUCAGGAGGUGCAGCGGCUCAAGCGGCAGAUCUUCGAGACCAAGUCGUGCCUGAAAAAUAAAAUCAAAGAGAACAUCGACGUGCCUCUGGUCAUCUGCGGGAACAAGGGCGACAGAGAGUUUUACCGGGAGGUGCAGCAGGAGGAGAUCGAGCAGCUGGUGGCCGGAGACGAGAAGUGCGAGUACUUCGAGAUCUCCGCCAAGCGCAACGAGAACGUGGAUAAGAUGUUUCAGACUCUGUUCACCUUGGCCAAACUACCUCACGAGAUGAGCCCCGACCUUCACCGAAAAGUCUCCGUGCAGUACUGCGACAUGCUGCACAGAAAGUCUCUGAAAAACAAGAAGAUGAAAGACAUUGGGGAGGCGUACGGUGUGGUCACUCCGUGCGCCCGGAGACCGAGUGUCCACAGCGACCUCAUGUACAUUAAGGAGAAGGCAAUAGGAGGCGGCCAGGGGAAAGACAAAGAGAGAUGUGUGAUCAGUUAAGUAGACUGUAAGGCUCAGACUCAACGCAAAUCUUUGAAAAGAGACGAAACCUGGUGCGUCAGCUUUUGAGAGGCGACCUGCACGGCUGCGCUGCACGCAGACGGGAAGGUGCGGAGACGCUGCGGGGACUGCGGCGUUGUGUCCGUGGACACAAAAAAAAAAAUCCUGCCUGAAAAAAA